AUGUCAUGGCUGACUGGCUGCUUUGGAGCAGCGAAACGCACCGUCGCCGUAGAAAUCAAGUUUCCCGACUCUUCAAGGCUCACCAUCACUUAUUCGCGAACGGCGCGAACCCGUCAGCUGAUAACUUCUGCAGUUGACCAUUUACGACUGAAGCGGGAGGGUGAGUUCUUCGGCCUCGCUUACAAGGGCAAAGGCGGCUGCGACCACUACUUGGACCCGAAUCGGACUCUUUACGAGCAACUACCCAAAACUGCGCAGAAUCAGCAGAAACCAGCGCUCAAGUUCCGAGUUCGCUACUACCCGCCCGAUCCGCAGCGAUUGAAAGAAGAAGCGGCGAGGCACUGGCUCUAUCUUCAAAUUCGCUCUGAUUUGCUAAACGGCGAUCUUGACGCUACCGACGACGCUGCAGCGGAACUAGCUGCUUACGCCGCCCAGGCAGAACAGGGCGAUUACGGAAACAUCAAAGACGGCGAAUACGACCAACUGAAACUCGUCCCACGACAAGUGCCAAAAGGAUGGAUAGAAGAAGUGAAAACGUGUCACCGCCAACUGGUCCAACUGAGCCGACAGGAAUCCGAACAACGCUUCUUGUGGAGAGCCAGGAAGUUGGAGAAAUAUGGAGAACAGCGCUUCAGACUGCAGCCACUCGCCGGAUCGACGAAAGAAGGAGAAGCGAUUCUUAGUGCACGGGGACUUGAGAUACGCCUCGGCAACCCAGAAGACGGACAGAGUCAGUUUUUCCGCUGGCGACACAUCACACAACUCGAUUAUCGCGAAAAGACGUUUGAGCUGCGCAGUCAGAACGGGAUGAUCAUGCCCGCAAAGACGAUCGAUAGAGCUUCGUGCAAAGCGCUUUUUCAGCAAGCGACGGGUCAUCACAGUCUAUUCAGGCACUACAAAGAGCGAGAACACGACCGUGAUGCGUCAAAAUACUCCCUCCAGAACAACUUCGACCGUUCAAAUCAAUCUCAACGAGCGAGCAAACGCGAGCUGGGAAUGUUCACCGACAAGAGCGAUGUCGAAUCCGUGGCCGGGCGAACGACGACUGGAUCAGUUAGCCGUUUCCCACCCGCUAAAGGACGAAGAAGAGCCAGUAGAGAAAGAGGAGCGAAGACAUCUGGAGACGAGUCCGAAGUGGAUUCGCGAAGAAAGAGAAUGCGAAGACGCGAGCGAGUGCGAAAUGCAAUGACGGACACGGAAGCGAUCAGAAAUGAUCCUCACUUGAGCAAAAACGCUCGAGCUUCAACAGAGAAACUCGUCCAGCCGCAAUUUCCAUCGAGCGCGUUCCAAGUCCCUGCCCGUUCAAAAAGAGCUGACCAAGAAGCGAAAACUGAGCUUUGGAAGAACAUCGAAAAGGAACUGAUCGAGCCCGGACAAAACGGCAUCGAAGACCUUGCUUUUGUCGAAGUCACGACGAAGGGAAAUCCACUAGCAACGACAAGGCAAAAGCAGAAACGCCAUCAACAAAGCUCCCAAUACGGUUCGACCGGGCGGGUCAAUUCCGGGAACGCGAGGAGAAGAAGACGCGAUAGAAUAGAAAGAGCAAUUGCCACAGAUUUGGAAGAAGCGGGCAUGGUCGGACCUCUACCAGUGACGGCUUCUGUGAUCCAAGACGACCGUGGCGCCAUGUCCGACUGGGACGUAAAAUUCUACCCCGGGCGCAACCAAAACCGCAGCGGAGGAAGUCACAAUCAUCGCAAACCGCUGGUCGAAAACGCUAACUUCUCGCCAGUCAAGCGUCAAGAACAGCGCCCCGGCCGCAGCAAUCACAACUCAACUAACAACUCAAACCACCAUCAGCACCACCACAAGCCCUCGCCGCACAGAACGCAUCAGAAUUUCAGCAGCCACAAUUUCAGUUUCUACGGCACGCAAGUCUAA